GCCGGUGUCCGGCCGGAAACUCCACCCGCCACGGCCAAGAGGUUCCGGCCUGCGGGCGGACGGCGGCCAUGAGCGCGGAGGGGCUGGUGGAUUGUCACUGCCACCUGGCGGCCCCCGACUUUGACGGUGAUCUGGACGAUGUGUUGGAGAAAGCCAAGAAAGCCAAUGUUACGGCUCUGGUGGUGGUUGCCGAACAUUCAGGAGAGUUUGAGAAGAUCAUGAGACUUUCAGAAAGGUACCGCGGAUUUGUUCUGCCAUGCUUGGGUGUGCAUCCAGUCCAGGGGCUCUCACCAACAGGCCAGAGAAGUGUCACAGUAAAGGAUCUGGACGCGGCUCUGCCCAUUAUCGAGAAUUACAAGGAUCGAUUGUUGGCAAUUGGAGAGGUCGGACUAGAUUUCUCCCCCAGAAUCGCCGGCACCGAUGAGCAGAAAGAAGAGCAAAGACAAGUGCUGAUCAGACAGAUCCAGUUAGCCAGAAGACUGGACUUGCCUCUGAAUGUUCACUCACGCUCAGCUGGAAGACCCACCAUCAACCUCUUACGUGAACAAGGUGCUGACCGAGUACUGCUGCACGCGUUCGACGGGCGGCCGGCAGUAGCCAUGGAAGGGGUCCGAGCCGGCUACUUCUUCUCGCUCCCCCCCUCUAUCAUAAGAAGUGGCCAGAAGCAGAGACUUGUAAAGCAGUUGCCUUUGACUUCAAUUUGCUUAGAAACAGAUUCACCUGCCCUCGGACCAGAAAAACAGGUGCGGAACGAGCCCCAGAACGUCCGCAUCUCAGCAGAAUACAUCGCUGAGGUGAAAGGGGUCUCAGUGGCCGAAGUCACAGAGGUGACGACACAGAACGCGAUGAGGCUGUUUCCCAGGCUCCAGCAGCUGCUGCAGAAAUAGCCUGUGAACCGUCCCGAUGGCAAAGCCAACCCAGUCACAGGCAGAAUCACUGGGGGGGAGGAAGAAAUGGACUGAGAAGAGCCUGAAUGAAAAAAGCCUCUUACAGGACACAGGAGACUCUCACUGUAGACAGAGAUUCUCCUUGGAAAUAUCAGCAGGGCUUAGGUCCUGAGACCCCGGCUUCUAGCCCUAGCCUCACACAUUACCGGAGUCCUGGCAGGAGAGACACGGAUGCUUCUCACAUCUCUCCGUCACUAGGAGCCCAUGUGGGAAAACCGUCUCUUCUGGCAGGUGGCUCCACGGGUAAGAAGCAAAUGCAGGGGUGAGGAAGUGAGGGUGGGCUGGUCCUUGACCUCCAGCUUCAUCCCAGAGGUUGAUCCGUGAGAAGAGAAUGUCAGGUUGCAAGUAGGAAUCGUCUCUCGGGCUUGUUAAACCAGGUUUUGACUUGGUCUUCAAUUCCAGCCUAAGAGUCCAGCGGUGUGUAUAACCACCAGUCAGAAGCCCAAAAUACCAAAAAAAAAUUUAGUUCAUAAACUCGUUUUAAGGCCCAUCUUAAUUUUGUCACAUUUGGAACGUAACUAUCUGUAUUAAAAAUGCAUCUGACUCUUUUA